UGUGCACAGGUCUGGAUGUGGGUGGCUGCUGUGGGGGGGCUGGUAGGGGCCUGGUGUGUGGGCAUGGUUUGGGGGUGGGGCAGUGAGGGGGGUGGCAUGGGGGUUGUGCUGCCCCUGUCUUUGGUCUGUGGCUGCUUCUCUGCCAUGGUCCUGGGUGCCACACUCACCAUCACUGCCUACAUCAAGCUCUCUGCCAAGCACCAGGUCACCAUCAGAGUCCCUGCGGAGAUCUCGGCACUGCACUCCAUCACCUCAAGCAUCCGCUGUGAUGUGGAGAGCUCACUACCAGCCAGGCACGGGGUGGUCAUCAGCCGCAAGAUUGACUGUGCCAUCAAUGAGCUCAUCGACACCUUCAUUCAGAACAGCGUCACGCCAUGGUACACCACCAUUGUCAGCGACCCAUCCCCCAGCAUUGAGACUCUCAGGAAUGUGUUGUGGUACAGUGUGGUGAGCAUUAAUGACAGGCUCGGCAAGAUGGACCAGGUGCGCUUCCUGACCGGGGGACUGGUCACCUGCCUCACCCGCCACCUGGAACACAUCAGGAUGGCUCAGGCUGCUGGGGAGGGCCGGGGGGAGAGGGGCAUCUUCCAUCUGGUGCCUCAACUCAGCUCACCUGAAAGAGAGAGGAAUUUCCUGCGCCUUGUGGCUGAGCUGCUGGUUGCCCGCUGUCUGCCUCCAGAGUACUCUCGAUGCUCUCCACUGCGCAAUCUCCUCAAGGAACUUCUGGCUUGCAAAGUGUUUGAACCGUUGAUUGACCGUGUGUGUGACCCAGACUGGAUCAACCAGCGACUGGUGGCUUACCUGAGGCAGCAGCAGGCUGCUGAGGAGCUGCACCGCCGCACCUACAUGUAUGCCGCCAGUUACGAGGACUUCAUCACCCUCAUCCACGACUCCACUGACGUGCAUGACCUGGAGCACCUCAGCUUUGACAACUUCUUAGAGUUGGUUUUAGCCUCUGAAAGCACAGAAGACUUGCUGAGGAUAAGACGGAACAUCAUCAAUGAAAUCAUGCAAGCAACCGCCAUCAAUAACCUUAAGAAGGCCAAAGGUGUGGAUGUGAGUAAGGACAGCACCCCCCAAGGGCCAGGCAAGGGAGACCUCCUACAGGCCCGCAACCUGAAGCGCUACAUCAACCAGCUGACGUAUGCCAAGGCCCAAUGUGAGAGACGGAUAGCAGUCCUCAAGAGUGGGAAGGGAGGUGAGGUGGGCGUGUCAGGCUCAUCGGACAAGAAUGAUGCAAACUUUUCCCUUCAGAAUCUCCCGGGAAGAAAGAUCCUGAUGUUCCAAGCACUCAUGGAGUCGGCAUUUGCUCGACGGUAUUUCUCCAUUUACUUGGAUGAGAUUGGUCAGGGCGCUCUCAUCUGCUUCUGGUCAGCAGUGCAGGAACUGAGACAAGCAGACAAAAGGCUCCACCAUCAGCUGGCUACAGAAAUCUACUACACCUACCUCAGCCCUCAGACACCUCCUGUCAAGGUGGACAAGCCAACACUACGGGGUGUAGAGGCCUUCCUUCUGGGCAACAGGGGCCCAGAGGUGCUUUAUGAAAUAGGGGAGGAGGUGGAGAGGACACUAGAGGAAAGGCAUUACACUGGAUUUCUUGUUUCUUCCACCUACCAUGCCAUGAUUCACCAAGCAGCACUUCAAGGGGUGGACUUCAUGACAGAGUGUGCUGAUGAGACAGGACCUGGCACGGGUGAGGGAGGACCCACAGAGACAGUGGAACAAGUGCAGUUACAGCUGUCAGACCAUUCCACCUACGCUAGGAACAAGCUGGCACACCUUCAGGAGAGACUGACCAACAAGCUUCUUGCUCUUCAGGCCCUUCGGCAGAGUGGAAAGGCUGACCCUAAGGUCAUCACGCAUCUGGAGGGGGAGAUCACACAGCUGCGGAGUGACCACAAGCUGCUGGAAACACACGUGGAGAGAACAGCCCUGUGGAGUGACAACAUUGGGAACUGGAAGGUGCACGUGCAGAGUGUUCAGUUUGUUGAGGAGAAAGACAUCCCUCACCUUGUGCUUCUUGUCCACCUUAACUCGGAGGAAAUCAAGCCGGCCACCACUACAGCAGCCACAACUACUGCUGCUACCACCGCCACCACCAACACUACCACCACCACCACCAUCACUGCCACCGUUGCCACCACUACCACCAUCACCACCUCCCCUUCCAUCUCUUCCAUCUCUAUAAGUCAGGAACUCUCCCCUGGGUCUCUCCUCCCUUCAUCUGGCUCCUCCACCUCCACCUCCCCCACUGCCUCCCUUGUCUCCCUGGAAUCUGCUGUGGCCACCUCUGCUCCAGACAAUGGUUGGGUCCUUGUCAGGAAACUGCCACAGCUGAUUGAUCUUCACCGCAAGUUGUGUCAGAUAUCCCCUUGCAUGAAGGCCCUGGAACUCCCCUCAGUUCCCACCAAGAUCCUGUUUGGCAAGGCCAUGGACAAGACUCACCUAGAGCGUGUGAGGAUGGUGGCGCAGAACUACUUUGAUGCCAUCUUGAGCGAUGACAAGCUCUGCAACUCAGAGCUCAUUUAUGCUUACCUGUCGCCUUCACCUGAACACCUGAAGCAGGUGGAGAUACAGCGAAAGAAAUCGAAGUUUUCUUUUUCUACAUUCUUCAGAGGGGGGGAUGCCAAGAGUGACAGUGAUGAGGAGGACAUUGGCCUCAUGAUGGAUGUGGGGGAGACGUCUGGGGACGGUGGUAAGGACUCAGUGGCUGAGCCUCUCUUUUCCUUCCUGGAGGAGCUAUGUGAGCUGAGAGGUGUCAGCAAGUGGCUCAGGAAGACACUCAUCUCCUUUGUGCAGAUCACCUAUGGCAAGACCAUUACCAGGCACGUGCGGGAAACUGUUCUGGGUCUGUUGAGCGAGUCAAUGGUCCUGUAUUAUAUGCACACUGUGAGGGACAACCUGUGGCCAUCACAUGAAGGGUUGCACGCCACACAGCAGCCACGCACUGAGGAGGACAAACUCAGAACUAGGUAUGAAGCACGUGAACAGUUUGUGAACAACCUACCGGUGCUGCUCUGCACAUUAGUAGGGCAACAAAAUGCCCGCCGGGGAGCCACCAAGCUGUUCACAACACUGCAGCAUCAUGCACUCAACAAAAACCUCUUCUAUAAUGGGCUAGAGGUGUUACUGAAGGAACUCUUCCCAGAGCUUCAGGAACACAUAGAUAAGAAGACUUAAAUCCAAGGGUGUGCUGCUCAGACCAUAAGUUCUGUCAAGUUCAACUCAGUCUAAUUAUUACCAUUACAGCAGUCUUAGACACAUACAACAUUCCCAAUCAGGAUCAUACAAUUGCUCACUCAACUGAAGUUAUUUUCUUACUUAAAUUUAAGAGAAGGAAAGAAUUUUAUAUCUAAAAAGUAUAAAUUAGGCAUCGAUGACUACACUGAACAGUUUCUCCAUUAUUAAGGUUCUCCAGCCAAGCACUCCUUAGGUAAUAUGCUAUUUUAUAUCAGCACUCUUUUUUUUUUUUUUUUUUUUUGCUAUGUUUUAUAUUGAUUUAUUUCCAUUAUUUUUACAAGCAUAAUUUGUAAGUAACUGGGAAAGCUGAUGCAAUUUUAAAGCUUAGUGAUAUGUGUUGUAAGUGAUGAAUGUGAUGCAGAUGUCACUGUACAUGAAGGAUCAGUGUUAAGAUCUUCCUGCUAGUACUUAUAGCUUGUAAAGGUCAGGUUAUGGAGAAAGAAUCCAGGAGUACAGAGCAAAUAUUUAAAUAGGGAAGAAAACAAUGAUUAUCAGAUUAUAACAUUCCCUGCUGUAGUGGAGUUCUGUUGAGCUGUGUUCAAGGUAGGUGUGGUUUGUAAUAUUUCACAAAUGAUGCAAUGAUAUUAUAGCUGGAGUGGAGUGAUAAACCUAUUAUAUUUAUUGUAUGUAGUGAGAAUCAAGCAGUGGUGAUGAUGGAAAGAAAAAAAAACCCACAAAUAUUUGAAGUUGGAGUGUCAGUGAUAAAAGAUAGAUUGCGUUGCUUCAUCCAUGGGCAGAGAAAGAAUGAGAAUGACUAGGAAGGUGUUAAUUUGUACUUUAACUCUUUCACUGCAAUAUAUAACAAUUAACAGGACCAAAAGUAAUGCGUGAAAUCUUUUAAGCAUGCAUAAGGAAGAAGGGGAGAGAAUAUAUUUUACAAUUUCUACCGAAUUGAUAGAUUCAUUGUAGCUGUAGAACAAGUGAAAAUACCUCACAGUGAUAAACAACUCAAGAAAGGUGUACCAAAUAGCAGUCAAGGGGUUAAAGUGAAAUGCAGAGUGAUUGUUUAGAGAUUAAUGAAGAUAGGAUGAGGAAGUGAGGCAAGACUGCAAGGAUUGAGAAGAACACACAAUGGUGAAACUUGCCUCUCAAAACUAAUGACAAUGACGAAUCUUCCAUUGUUUGUGAAAGUUGCUUUAUUUUGUGUUUUGUUGAAAUAUUGUGUUGGUAAGUAACAUUCCUAUUACAUGGAAGCUUUAGACAUGCCAAAGAUUUUCCUGAUAUUGUGAUGCAUUUAUGUAAUAUUUUGUGAUGUCAGUUAUUUAUGUCUUGAGUGUGUUGCCAUGAUGAAUGCAUGACCAGAGGUAUGGAAAGGUAUUUAUUCCUGUCUUUCACCAUUUCAGUGGGCGGUGAGCCAUGCAUGUAAGAUUUGAUGUUGUGAAUGUUGAUGUUUGUUUCCGUGUCCUUGGGAUGAAUGGCUUAAUUCCCCUAAUGAGUGAUGUGGCUUUAUUAAACCCUUCAGUACCAUGACACAUUUUCAUAAUGAUACUGCUUACUACUAGGUAAUUUUAUACAGCUUCAGAAACUUAUGUGGGGAUUGAAGUACCAAAGAUCUUCUGUCCUCCAUAGACCCUAAUGUAAAUAAUAUUGUCUAAUCAUACCCAAAACUCAUGGUAGAAAGGUGUCCCAGUAUUGAAGGAGUUAAAGAAUCACUGGCUUUCAAGAUUGGUGUAAUUGAGGUAAUGAGGGACUUGGCUGCCUGUGAAUGAUGUGGAUGUGUUAGGGAAUGGCUCAGCUGAAUCAGGAAAUGAUGUUAUUGCAUUGGUGAAUGAUGUAAUUUGUUAUGCAUUAUUCAAAUGUGGUAAUGAACAAUGUGCAGUCUCUCUCUCUCUCUCUCUCUCUCUCUCUCUCUCUCUCUCUCUCUCUCUCUCUCUCUCUCUCUCUCUCUCUCUCUCUCU